GAAGAUAAAAGUACAACUAACAAGUAACCUAAUUCUACGGUCGUUUGUAUUUGUAACCGGAAUCCUGAAGAAAAAGAAGGGCUUUUUCUGUGUAUCGAGUUGAGAUUUUCGGUGAAAAAGGGCUGUUAUAAAAAUAUGACUAUACAAUACUGUAUUUUAUCGUAGUCAUAAAUAUGAGUUUUGAUGGAUAUAAGGAAGUAAUAAACGAAGGAGAUACUGUUAUAUUGUAUCUUACUAUAUCGCAAGUGUACAAUGUAAAAGCGGAAGGGAAAACUUUAAAUAAAAAAGGUCAACAAGUAGAGAAUAUCUUUCAAACACCUUACGGAGCAUUAAAGUGUGCAGAAUUAAUUGGAAAAACAUAUGGUACUAAAAUACAAUUGAGUAAAGGUUGGGGAUAUAUAUUACAACCGACACCAGAACUAUGGACAAUUACUUUGCCUCAUCGAACCCAAAUAAUUUACACUCCAGAUAUAAGCAUGAUAAUACUACAGUUAGAAAUUAAACCAGGUAGUAUUGUGAUUGAGAGCGGAACAGGAAGUGGCUCUUUGUCCCAUGCUCUAAUCAGAGCUAUUAAACCUCAAGGGCAUUUAUAUACAUUUGAUUUUCAUGAACUUCGAACAAAAACUGCAGGUCAAGAAUUUCAAGAUCAUGGAUUAGCUAAUUAUGUUACUGUAACACAUAGAGAUGUGUGUUGUAAUGGAUUUGGAGAAGAUUUAAAUGAAAAGGCAGAUGCUGUUUUCUUAGAUUUACCACAUCCAUGGUUAGCUGUACCUCAUGCGGUUAAAGCUCUAAAAUCAAUUGGAGGCAGACUUUGUUCAUUUUCACCAUGUAUAGAGCAAGUUCAAAAAACUUGCUGUGAACUUAAAAACUUUGGAUUUCAAGAAAUUCAAACCUUAGAAGUGCUUCAAACUCAAUAUAAUGUUCAAAUACGACAAUUUCCUACAUUAGAUGUAGAGUUUUUGAAAUAUCCGAAAACAGAAGAGGUGGAAAAAAAAGAUCGUGAAGUUCAAAAAUGUUUAACAGCAAUUCCUCCAGCACAGCAACCUGGACAUACAGGUUACUUAACGUUUGCUAGUUUAUAUCCAAUAUGGGCAAGAACAGUAAAUAAGAAUGAAGUUGAUAGUGACUAAAUUUUCCUUAAAGACUUUCUGCAGUAUCCUUUGUUAUAAAAACUAAAUAAUAUCUUUCUCUUAAUAUAAAAAUAAAUAUUAAGCUUGCUAACUUUUUGGACCAUGUUCUGGCCCAAAAGCAAAGUUUAAAAGAUAAAUAAAUAUUUAUUCUAUAAAUGUUGAAAAAAAUACAAUCUUAUUUUUGUAA